AUGAUGGUGUUCUGCGCACUCGCUUCAUAUCACCACAAGAACAUGUUGCCCUUGUUACCAGUGUUCCCUACCAUAGGCUACCUGGGCUAUAAAGCACAUUACUGUUACGGAAAUAAAACAAAUAUAAUCAACGAGGCUGCUGAGAAACUUCUUCAAAGUGACGUAGAUCUCAUAGCUCCUAUUCCACCCUCAGUGCAGGAUGUACGAAAUCGAAUGAAGGAACUGAAAGAACUGAAACGGGAAGAGGACUUGUGUCAUCGCGCUCCUUCUAUGUUUCAGAUGGGACAAACGAUAUCCACAGGAGGAAGUAACGCUGCGGAGCUCAAAAUGCUCAAUGAUGAUUUUAUUGAAGCCGAAGUUGUGCUGAAGAACCUGCAAGCUGCCACACAGGGGCUGUCAGAGUGUUUAUUGAUUGAACGACAAGAACGCUUCACAUGGGAAUUUCUUGGCAUCGGCACUAUGGCAGUCGUUCUUCUAGCAGCCGGUGCCUUCAGUAAAAGAAAGUAUAUUCAGGAUUUUGCCAUUCCCAUUGCACCGCUUGUUAUGGGACUGGGAUAUAGGUAUGACUGCGCUUUUGGAACGAAUCACGAGCAAGUCAGAGAUAAUGCUGCGAGAGCAUGA